CCGCGCAUCAGAUUAUAACGAUUGUCAAAACGCGACUCAAUAUUUCGUAUUCGGUGUUAGAAUUUAAUUUGUUUAAUUCCUCGGUAAUUAUUGCACUGUUUAACUAUUUAUUCAUUUUAUUAGAGGUACGAUAAAACAAUUAUCCAUCUGAAGUGUGUGUGAUAGAAGUUUCCGCCUAUCACCUGAAUUUUAUUGCUAUUUUUGUGUCGAAAGUGUUCGUUUGGUGUUUGGUGGAAUGUCGUCUCAUAUAAACGAUUUCAACAGUCACAUUCAAUCCUACUUUGUGAGUAGCACAUACGGAAAUGAAACCCAAAUCAUCAACAGUCUCAACCAUCUGGCCGUGGUUACCGAUCAGCGUACUUUUGACUUAUCCGUUUACGGGAACAAUAUCUUCUUCGUCAACCUUCACCGGUUGAUGAGUUCCGGAUCGAAGAAGAUGGCAGUGUUGUGGGCGGCCGUGUCCGUGUUGGAGAAUGCGUCCAAAUGCGAGGAAGUCCGCCAAGCGUUGAUUCGCAACUUCCACUAUCUGCCGACGUUGGCCAAUCUACUGAAGGAAAUUCACACCACCGAACAGCAGCAGCGUCUUUUGGCUUUGAUCGAAAAGCUGACCCAUGGAGCACAACUGGAAAGUUACGAACCGUACGUAGAGUCCUUGAUCCUGAAACUGUUGGCCGUGAUGGAGCAGGGCAGUAGCCAGAAGGACAAAACCGAACUGGUAACGUUGGCCUUGUCGAUUCUGGUGAAUUUGUGCUACGGAAAUUUACCGAUGACUUACGUGCUGACGAAGAAUAUCAGCGUUUCGAGCUUUUGCAAGCAAAUUAAACAUCUAGGUUUGGUGACCUGCAAGAUGUACAUCAUUCUGGAGCGGAAUGACUACAUGAAGGAGAUGGAUCUGCACUAUCUGCUGAAGAUGAGCUUUCAGGAAGUGAAGAAUAUUUUGUCUACAAGAAAUAGUUUCAUUCUGCGGCAUGUGGUCGACUAUCUGCAUUACAUUCGGCAGUUGAAGAAAGAUAGCUGCUCAAAAGACGACCAGCGAAAUGCCGUUUCCUUGGAGGAUAAUUUCUUUCGGGAUAACCUGAAGGACUUUUUGGACGACAUCGAACGGUACACGGUUGCACAGCACUCCGAAAAAGGGCCAGGGAACACUAGGAAAAGACGGAAAGUAGCGGAUGAAAAAACUAUGGACAGUUCCGGUUGUAGCGAGAAAGACGAUUGCAUGGACGUUCUUUUUGAGAUUUUGGCGUGUAUAGUCGACUUGGAACCCAUAGGAGAGGGCUUCCGUAAAAGGAUAGCGGAUUUGGCUUUGAAAUGGAUUCGGACAAAACAGAGUUGCUCCUGUGCGGUGGAUCUCAUGAGGGUGGUUCUGGAAAAGAGUGACGAAGAAAACAAGGACGGACAAUGUCAGCAGAAACUGAUCGAGGCCUGUGAAGCGGUACUGGAUGAUUUGGUAGCGAUUGUUCACAACAACAGCGAUCAAGUUCUGGUGAUAUCAAUUUCCAAGCUACUAACAUCGUUAGUUAGCCUUCAAGGUGCUUCCAACUCAACUUUAGACAAAGCUGCUGAGUCGUUUUUCCAGCACACAUUCGGGAACAUCCUAAGUUCGUUCAAAUCCAGUCAGAACUUCGACUUUUCCCUCCCGGAUAGUGAAAUUGAGGCAUUCCUUUGGGCACUGCACACAUUUCACGAGUUUGCCAACGUUUCACCGACACUGUGGUUCGCCAAAAUGGGUAAUCUUUUGAAGCAGAAACCGAUCCACUUCCUAAUAGCUAAAGGAUUGACCAGUAACAAUUCCGAGCUUACCGAAGCCACGUUGGCGGUAAGCUCUUCGGUGGAUUUCCCUCGGAAAGACGUAUCUCAAAUGAUAAGCAUGUUGAGUGCUGGCAGCCGGAAGGUUUUAGGCGAAAGUCAGCAGCAAAAUGUGGAUCGCAGUAGGAGAUCAGUGCCACUAGUAGUGCCUCCACCAGCGAGUCUCAGUAGGGAUCUGCUGGAACGGAUGGAUCAGACCGUAACGCACAUCCAGGAUGCCGUAGCGUCCGGAUCGAUAAAUGACGCCACCCAGGUCCAACUGAUCGAAUUCUACGACGCCAAGAUACGCAUGGAGGCGCACCUGAUGCAGGAUCUGCAGGUGACGGUCGAAGCAAUGUCCAAGCAAAUUAGCAUUCUGAUGCAUCAGAACCAACUCCUGACGGCGGAGGUGGAUCGGGUGCAGAGGAAGAAUCUACCGUUGGCGUUGAAAGUUUCCACAUUGCAGACCGAGAAUCGGACGCUGGAAAAAGAGCUGACUCAGGUCAAGAGUGCAACUGCCUCGUACGAUAAGAAGAUCAACCAGAUCAAAUUGGAUCUAUCGGACUAUAUCAAACGGUACAACGACAAGAACCAACAGUGGGUCAUAUUAACAAAGCAAAUCGAACAGCAUCAAAAGCGCGAAAGCAACUACGAGAAGGAGAACAAGCGUUUGCAGCAUGAACUUUCGAAUAUGGCCAAAACCAGCGAAGACUCGCGUAGACUGCUUCGGGCGGCCGAGGAAGAUCGACAGAAAAUAACCGAGCAGAAAGAAAACGAUCGCAAAAUGUACGAAGGCAAGAUUCGCGAAAGAGAGCGGGAGAUCUCCAAGCGGAACGAUCUCAACCAUCAGCUGGAGAAGCAGCUGGCCGAGCGCGACGGUAAGCUCGAAUCGCAGGAAAGCGAGAUGAAGGAACUGCUGGCGCAGAUUGCCACCAAGAACGAACGCAUCGAACAGAUUGAGGAACAGCUGAAGGAAAGUGAGAACAUCCAGAAGGCGAUCUACAGUUUAAUGAACAAGAACAAGAAUAAAUGAGACGACUGACGAAUCGUGUGAUUGAGGUGGAAAUGAAUGAUUUUAAAAUAA